AUGAAGCAGCAAACCCGCUCAGCGGAUAUCGCUCUCGAAUUUGACCGGCUAAGGAAUGAUUACAUCCUAGAGGCGGACAAGAAUGCUUCGAAGUUCCUCGAAGAGGCACGUACAUCGCUUGAAUUGCUGCAAACGCUGAAAAGACGAGACACUUUCAAAAGAUCCCUUCUUCAUUAUGCUGCCAUGGGUAAUUGUACCCACCUACUUCUUUACCUCCUACAACAUAAGCUAAAUAUUGAUUCGCGAGACAUGCACGGCCGGACACCUCUUUCCUGGGCUGCUGAACACGGUUCACUGGCAGCUGCGGAAAUAUUGUUGGACCGCGGAGCAAACAUCAAUGCUAUUGACUAUGAAAAUGGCACUCCAUUGUCUUAUCUUAUUCACGCAGGUAACCCGAAAACGAAAACGGGCAACCUGAAAGCAACAGAAGCUUUUCUUAAGGAGAGAGGGGCGAAGUUGAAUGGGAGUAGAAAUGCUUUUAAAAGGGCUUGGGUUUGGAUCUUGACAUCUUCUCGACUGCUAUCCUUUGUCCGCCCGAAUGUCUGA